AUGUUACCGAUAAGCCGAGCGUUGUGCCGAGUCGGCCGGACGCCCCGACUCUCGGCAAGGAGAAACGAUGUCUUAUCGUUCCUCAUCCGCCACCAGUCGUCGGCGGCAGCAGAUGCGACGCUCCCGUUGGCGGGAUAUCGGGUCCUUGAUAUGACGAGGGUCCUCGCAGGUCCUUAUUGUACUCAGAUCCUGGGCGACUUAGGUGCAGAAGUUAUCAAGAUUGAGCACCCUACCCGUGGUGAUGACACGCGUGCCUGGGGGCCGCCCUACGCCCCAUACCGAGCAGGAUCCGACCAUGAGGGUCCCGGCGAGUCUGCGUAUUUUCUAGGUGUCAAUCGCAACAAGAAGUCUCUCGGCCUCUCAUUCCAGCAUCCAGAAGGCGUCGAAGUAUUGCACAAGCUAGCGGCAAAAUGCGAUAUCCUCGUCGAGAACUAUCUCCCGGGGAGUCUAAAGAAGUACGGCAUGGAUUUUGAGACAAUUCACAAGAUCAAUCCAUCUCUCAUCUACGCCUCCAUUACUGGGUACGGACAGACGGGACCGUACGCACAGCGCGCCGGCUACGACGUCAUGGUAGAAGCCGAGUUCGGCCUGAUGCACAUCACGGGGAGCCGCGACGGACCGCCAGUCAAAGUAGGUGUCGCUGUGACGGAUCUGACGACUGGCUUGUAUACGAGUAACAGCAUCAUGGCGGCAUUACUAGCACGGGCAAAGACCGGGCGUGGUCAGCAUAUUGACGUGGCUCUAAGCGACUGCCAAACCGCGACACUCGCCAACAUUGCGAGCAGCUGUCUAAUAAGUGGCAAACGGGAUACGGGGCGAUGGGGCACGGCACAUCCAUCUAUCGUGCCAUACAAGUCGUUCAAGACAAAAGACGGCGAUGUCCUCUUUGGCGGGGGCAACGACAGGCUCUUCGGCAUCUUAUGCGACGGGCUAGGACGGCCUGAAUGGAAGACAGAUGCAAAGUACAGCGUGAACUCGCAGCGGGUCGCGAACCGCGACGAGCUGGAGGCGGAAAUCGAGAAGAUCAGCGUGCUCAAGACUACGCAGGGGUGGCUCGAUGUGUUCGAGGGCAAGGGCAUGCCGUACGCCGCGGUGAACGACGUCCAGGACACGCUCAACCACGAGCACACGCGUGCGCGGGGCAUGGUGGUUGAGCUGGAGCAUGGCGAGUGCGGGCCGAUCAAGGUGGUCAACACCCCUGUCAAAUACAGCGAUAGCAGCCCAGGCGUACGGACCGCGCCGCCGACGCUGGGACAGCAUACGGACGAGGUUCUGAGUGGCCUGCUUGGACUUGACGCUGAUGCUAUCUCUGCGCUUAAGGAUGCUGGGGCCGUCAGGUAG